AUGAAAACAGUAUAUAAAGCAAUUGAUGAGAUACUUGGACUUCAAGUAGCAUGGAGCCAGGUCAGACUCAACGAGGCACUUCGCAAACCAGAGGACUUGGAGCGGCUUUAUUUAGAGAUUCUACACCUCUUGGAUGAUGUUGACAACAAGACCUUCAAUUUCAUUACAGAGAUGUUUACUUCAGGGACACUGAUAGAGAAGAAAUACAAGCACAUAGGCCUACAAGCAAUAAAGAGUUGGACUUGCCAAAUCUUACAGGGUCUUGACCUCAAAUGUGGUAACAUUUUUGUUAAUGGCCAUCUUGGACAAGUGAAAAUUGGUGACCUGGGUCUAGCAGCAAUUCUCCAUGGUUCUGAACCUGCUCACAGUGUUAUAGGCACCCAAGAGUUCAUGGCACCAGAAUUCUAUAAAGAAGAAUACAAUCAACUUGUUGAUGUGUACUCAUUUGGCAUGUGUGUUCUGGAAAUGCUUACAUCUGGUUAUCCAUAUAGUGAAUGUGCUAACCCUGCACAGAUAUACAAGAAAGUGACAUCGAAGCACAAAUGUUUAUUGGCAAAAUGUCUAAUGACUGCAGCAAAGAGACCAUCAGCAAAAGAAUUGUUUAGUCAUCCAUUUCUUUUGUCUGAUGAUGCAUCGUCCAUGACAAAGAUUGGAAUUCAGAAACCCUUUUUAAAUUACAAUGAAAUGGAAAAGCUUCAAUUGAAUGAUGAUUCACCUAGGACUGAAAUGUCAAUAACUGGGAAGCUAAAUCCAGAACAUCACAGUUUCUUUCUAAAAGUGCAAAUUUCCGACAAGGAUGGUUCUUGUAGGAAUGUAUAUUUGCCCUUUGGCAUAUACAAUGACACUCUAAUUGAUGAUGCAAUGGAGAUGGUGAAGGAAUUGGAGAUCACAGAUUUGAAGUCUUCUGAUAUUGCAAAUAUGAUUGAAGGAGAGAUCCAUACAUUCAAUUAUCACGAUGACAACCACAACGAAUGUCCUCGUCAUCAUUUCCACUCUGCCUCUUCUCGUUCAUCAUCCCAAGGAUCAAUAUCAGGCUCAGUCAGUAGAGCUGAUGGUUUAUUGAAUGAAGAUUAUUGGCUCCAUGGUAAUUCAAUAUGCUCUUGUACAGUGGAUGAUGACCAAAAGGAACACAAUAAGGCUUCUAUGAGAAAAGAUAAAUAUCCCUGCAAAGUUUUUGCAGGACCACUAGCAUCUUCUACUAGAAAAAAUAAGAGGAUGAUAGACAAUCAUAGACUAACAAGGAACUGGUUAUUGGUUGAUAUAAGGAGUCAGCUACUACACAGAUCAUUGGUUGAGGAGGUGAGCAAAAGAAAGUUAUUCAAGACAGUUGGAGUUGUGGAAAAUAUUGGAUUUAUGACACCUUAUUAG